ACUUUCAGGCUUCAGAACGUACGCUUUCUCCAGCCUCAGCUGCAUUACAGCAGGUGUCCGCGGUACCCGCCAUUCCAGCACAGCUGGAGCCCACGACCCCCGGCCAGUUUUUUCAGGCAGAAGCAUUUGACAGCAUCAGUUGUAACAGUCACCACCCUGAUGACAACCGUGCGGAUGCUUUUGACGACUCCGCUUACAUCAAAUUUAGUCGCAAGAAGUUCCGGGAACCAAGUCCGGACCAUCAGGCCACAGGGAUGAAACCAGUGCAGGAUCUACCCUGGCAGCGGCCUGCGGGCGUCCGUCAGCCCCCGGGGAAGCGAGGCUCACGUCCGACCCCACUUCAGCCUACGCGACAUCUUCGGGGGCCGAGGUUCAACCCAAGCAGGGCCAACGGCUGCUUUGUAAAUGAGAACCGAACGUCCUUCUCUAGCAGGUGGAAGUUACGAUUUCUCUGUACUGCUACUGCUCCCCAGGAUUUCGGGGCGGCGUCGCACUGCAAUCGGGAGCGGCACCAGGUUACUUUCUCCCUCCUGCAGCUCCCCCUUCGCGUGGAAGGAGGUUACAUCCUCCGGGCGGGCGGCGGCCGCGCCGUCCUGCAAGAAGGCAAGUUUUCUCCGUGGAUUUUCACACUAAAUCCUGAAGAGAGCUGCCGGCGCCGUUACCCGCCCGGGCGGACAUCGCCCUCGGAACGGCUGCGACGCUCCCGCAUCUGCGCUACGCUGCGAUUAAAGUUAAUUUCUGCCCUGUCCUGUCCCGGAGUCUGGUUCCUGCGCGCGCGGUGCCCCGGUUCCCGCCUGCGGCGGCUCUCCCUGUCCCGACAUACAGCCAGGGCGACGGGACCCGGCAGAUCUGAGCUCUGCGGAGCGGGAGAGGCAAAACCUGCCCGGGACGGCGUUUUGGUCCCCGAGCGGGCUGCGCUCCGUGGUGCCUCCCUGGCGUGCGAGGUCUCGUCCUCUCGGGCAGCCCCUUUCCUCUUCGGCAGCCCCCCGUCGCUCGCCCGCCUGUGA